GACAAUCGCCUAACACCGUCGAGUGGUCACCUGGACUACGUUGGACAGGCCGGUCAGUAGAAAACCACCGGCAAUAUCGCACGAAACACGCCGGUGAUCCAUCGAUCGUUCUUAAACUCGAAGACGAUCCGUAGAUCCGUUGCAUUUAUUUUUUCCCGUCGUUUCGCGCGAGCCACCCCCUCCCUCUCGGUUUUUUUUUCGCCCGUGGUUCGGAAGAAAGUGCGUCGGAAGUGCUACACAACCACACACACACACACGUUCCCUUGGUCGUUCGAUAGCAGCGAUCCUCGACGAGCGAUCCUGAUCUCCCUUCGACUGGAACGUUUCGAAGGCAACGUGGAGCACGUGAUAACAGAAUGCACGGAUCCAUGAUAGGGCGGACACGAUCCGCUAUAAUCGGACUCCUGCUGCUACUAGUCACGUGGAGGAGUAGCUGCUACGGACUGCAAUACCAGUCGGUCGAGGCUUAUGCAAACGGCGAUGACUGUGCUUUGGUUCUCAACGGUCCAGGAAGGACGAACGCCUUCGAUUAUACCUACAAUCUACUUCGUGGUACCUUAAACCCACCGUCGGCGGGAUCCCAGUCGUGCAUCACCUACGACGCCGUCAAUCGUGCCUACAUCGAAGCGAGAAAACGCAUCAAUGUGGCGCAACCCAAGAGCAAAAUGUGGCGACCCGAAGACCUGGCCACGGUCGGCGAACUCCUCCUGGACAUCAGCUCGAACCUCGCUAACACGUACGGGCUAACCUUCGAGGAUAUCGAGAAGAGUCUACCGUUGAUCGAUACAUCGAAAACGCUGAUCCGCGAGAUAUGCCCGGCCUACUUGAGCGACGUGGAAUGUCGAGCAGGAAAAUACCGACGUAACGACGGUCUCUGCACGAACCUGCGGAACCCGACAUGGGGUGCCACAUUGUCGCCUUUCCAGAGACUACUGCCGCCGAGGUUCGCGGAUGGUUUAUCGGCGCCGAGGAUAUCGGUCACCGGUCACGAUUUACCAAUGUCACGCAUCGUGUCGCGUACCAUGCAUCCUGACGAGGGUUAUCACGAUCACGCCGGCACAGUUAUGGUGAUCGCCUGGGGACAGUUUAUGGACCACGACUACACGCUGACUGGAACGCCUUUAGAUCCUCUGAACCGAAACGACCCCGAGGAAUGUUGCCAUCGGCCGCCUCAUCUGAAGAACCCUUACUGCAACGAGAUCCUCAUACCGGAAGACGAUUACUUCUACAGGUUGUUCAACGUAAAAUGCAUGGACUUCGUUCGCGCCUUUCCCGCCGUUAGGCCCGGCUGUCGAUUGGGAUCUCGCGUGCCGUUCAAUCUUUUGACAGGAGUGUUGGACGGGAACACGGUCUACGGCAUCACAGAAACGUUCGCGAGGAAACUUCGCUCAGGCUACGGUGGACUGCUACGUAUGAACUCUGUCUUCUCUGAAUAUGGCCUCAAGGAUCUGCUGCCUCUCAAAUUGGACAUCCCGGACGAGGGUUGCACUCGACCCAAUCGAUCGAUGUACUGCUUCGAAGCAGGUGAAAUACGAGUGAACGAGCAGCUGGUGUUGACCUGCAUGCACACGCUUAUGGCGCGCGAGCAUAACAGAAUAGCCAAAACGCUGAAUCAAAUCAAUCCACACUGGGACGACGAGACGUUGUUCCAAGAGUCGAGGAGGAUCGUUAUCGCGGAGAUCCAGCAGAUCACUUACAACGAAUUCCUGCCCAUAUUGCUUGGAAAAGACGUCAUGGAGAAAUUUGGACUUCUUCUGGAGAAGAACACAUACUGGGACGGUUACGACGACAGCGUAAAUCCAGCAGUGAUCGACGCGUUUGCCUCCGCAGCGUUCAGAUUCGGCCAUUCUUUGCUGCCAACCGCGGUCGAAAGAUGGAGUAAAGCUCACAAAUUUAUUGCUUCAAAGAGACUGUCAGACUUGAUCAGAAGACCCUACGAUCUGUAUCGAGCUGGUGUUUUCGACGAAUACAUCAUGGGAUUGAUGAACCAGGUCGCUCAGGCUAUGGACGACUCUAUCACGCAAGAAGUUACGAAUCACCUGUUCAAAAAGGCAGGAGCCAAGUUCGGGCUGGAUUUGGUCUCCUUCAACAUGCAGCGCGGUCGUGAGUUUGGAAUUCCGAGUUACAUGGAAUUUAGAAAAUUCUGUGGCCUUCCCUGGGCGGACACUUUCGAGGAGCUGUUCGGUUCCAUGCCGAACGAAACUAUCAGACGAUACAGCUCCAUCUUUGAGCAUCCGGCUGACGUCGAUCUUUGGUCCGGCGGCGUGUCGGAGAGACCACUUCCGGGUAGCAUGCUCGGCCCAACCUUCGCCUGCGUGAUCGCCACGCAAUUCAGUUAUUCUCGUCGCGGUGACCGAUUUUGGUACGAGCUGCCCAAUCAGCCGUCGUCCUUCACUCUCGAACAAUUGAACGAGAUUCGGAAAAUAAAGCUCGCCCGAGUGAUCUGCGACAACACCGAUCUGAUCGACACCAUACAGAUCUAUCCCAUGGUCCUCCCCGACCACGAGAUAAACCCUCGAGUGCCCUGUCGAAGCGGAAUUCUCCCCAGCAUGGACCUGAGCAAAUGGGCCGAAUACCCCACCGCGAGUCACGGGCAAUACCGAUUGGUGGAGGAGCACUUGCUUGAUGUGCGAAGACAACCGAGACCGGAGAAGGUGCGGAACGACUACAACAGAGACGAGAUAUUGAGACUCUUCUUUGAGAGUAUUAACGGGAUUGCUUCCUAUCUGGGAUUCAGAAAGUAAACCGGACCAUCGGUGCACGGGGUUGAAUCGGCACUAUUCCCGAAAUGGUAUUCAGGAAUUUACACACGACGCCGGAAAGUAUGUUGACAAACCUGAGAAACGGUAUCUAUCGUCGCCGAAUAUUGGAUCCGAGCAAAAAAAGGGACUCGACCGCAUUGAUCAGUAGCGUAUAACGUAUCGUACGUUCUACAAAUAAGACACAAGAUAGCAAAUAAUUAUUACCAUUCGUGAUCGGAAAGUAAGUUGACAAAUAAAUUGAGAAGUACACUAUUUGCUUCUCUUCUUGCAAUCAAGUUGGAAUAACUUUCUGUAACUUUGAAGAUGAAAACUUUUCUAUCCUGUGAACAUACUUUCCCCACCGAGUGCAUGUAAUACGAACGCCGUCAGCUGAAUUCGUAGAUUUUUAUAACUACCAGAAUAAACAGUGGAACGUAUUGGUCUUCGUUUUGUUAUUUCUGUAUGUAAUUUCGAAACGUACGUUGGUUAAUUAGCCCUCGCACCGUCGCACACGUUGUAGAAGUCUCAGGCACUGACCGCGCACAGGAAAUUAGAAACUACAGGUGUCUCGUAAUUCGUCACGCGAA